AGUUGGGUGCCGUUGUUUCUGGCUUAAGAACCAGAGACGACGGUGUUGCUGCUUAUCUCAACUUUUGUCUUCUCUUCUUGCUUUUUGAUCUAAAGGGUCACCAUCUUUAUUCCCUUCCUCAUUCUGGUAUUGAAUUUUGACUCAAUGGAAAUGCCACAAAAACCACUCUUUGAGCCAUUAAAGGCUCAUGAGAUGUCUGAUGGCCGAGUUCAGUUCCGAAAGGUCUCUGUCCCAUCGCAUCGAUACUCGCCUCUAAAGAAAGCUUGGAUGGAUAUCUACACCCCUGUGUAUGAACAGAUGAAGAUCGAUAUCCGAAUGAACCUCAAAGCUCGAAAGGUCGAAUUGAAGACUAGAGUGGACACACCAGACAUCAGUAAUCUUCAAAAGAGUGCGGAUUUCGUCCAUGCCUUCAUGCUCGGCUACGAUGUUGUAGACGCGAUUGCGCUCUUGCGUUUGGACGAGCUCUAUGUGGAGUCUUUCGAGAUCAAAGAUGUCAAGACACUUAGAGGAGAGCACUUGUCUAGGACCAUUGGAAGAGUUUCUGGUAAAGGUGGUAAAACCAAGUUUGCUAUUGAAAAUGCUACAAAGACUAGGAUUGUUAUUGCUGAUACUAAGAUUCAUAUAUUGGGGUCUUUUGCCAAUAUUAAGGUUGCAAGAGACUCUCUUUGCAGCCUUAUUUUAGGUUCACCUGCCGGAAAGGUAUACUCAAAACUAAGAGCUGUUUCUGCUAGAUUGGCAGAGAGGUUUUGAUUUGUGUGGUUUUGACUUUGAUGUUAUAAAAAUUUAGGUUUUAACUUCAA